AUAUUUUUCAAACUUCAUACCUUGGUCACACUGUCUGCCAGCUGAGAAAUUAUUUUUAUUUAAAUUGUUUAAUUAAAAAUCUCAAAAAAUGUCCAUUGCGAAGCGUGUGCAGCAAUGGGCAACGUUCGCGCGCACUUGGCACAUUUACGAUUGCACCUGGCAGAAUCCAUUCGAGUCGGCAAAACUGGUUAAAACGCAUUUAUUGGGCCUCCAAAAGCCCAUUUACCACCCAAUGAAUGACUGCGGGGAUCAUGUGGUGCUGAUCAACACGCGGGAAAUCGCUUUGCCCGGUGACGAGUGGGUGAAGAGGGUUUACUUCCACCACACCGGCUAUCCUGGUGGCGCUUCGUGGACCCUGGCGUGGCAGCUGCACGAGAAGGAUCCCACGAUGGUGAUGAAGAAGGCCGUGUACAACUCGAUGCGCGGAAAUCUGCAGCGCAGGCACACCAUGCAAAGACUGCACUUGUUCGCCGACGAUCAGGUGCCCGAGGAAAUCCUGCAAAACGUCACGAAUCAAAUCCGCACGCCGCGCUCUAUUCCCCAGCGUCUGGAUCAUAUCGACAAAGAAACGCUGGAGAACUUCCCCAACAUUAUGGAUUAUCCCAAGGAUUAUAUCUUGCGUUGAUAUGCUGAUAGGAAAUCAUUGUAAUUAAGAUAAAUACAAAAUAUGG